AUGGGAAACUGUCACACCGUUGGACCAAACGAGGCCCUCGUGGUUUCAGGUGGCUGUUGUGGAUCAGAUCAAAAAACGUAUGUCGUGGGAGGCUGGGCUUGGGCUUGGUGGCUGAUCUCGGACAUCCAGAGGAUAACGCUUGAGAUUAUGACCCUGCAGCCCAAGUGUGAGGAUGUAGAGACAGCGGAGGGUGUAGCUAUUACUGUCACAGGGGUGGCUCAGGUCAAAGUGAUGACAGACAAUGAGCUGCUGGGCUACGCCUGCGAGCAGUUCCUCGGAAAGUCAGUCAUGGAGAUCAAGAGCGUCAUCCUGCAGACCCUCGAAGGUCACCUACGCGCCAUCCUUGGUACCUUGACUGUGGAGCAGAUUUAUCAAGACAGAGACAAGUUUGCCUCUCUGGUCCGAGAGGUGGCAGCCCCAGAUGUCGGCCGCAUGGGCAUCGAGAUCCUCAGUUUCACUAUCAAGGAUGUGUAUGACAAAGUGGAGUACCUAAGUUCACUGGGCAAAACGCAGACGGCUGCAGUGCAGAGGGACGCUGAUAUUGGCGUGGCGGAGGCUGAGCGAGAUGCUGGCAUUAGGGAAGCUGAGUGUAAGAAAGAAAUGAUGGAUGUGAAAUUUUUGGCGGACACGAAAAUGGCAGAUUCUAAGCGAGAGCUGGAAAUGCAGAGAGCUGCCUUCAAUCAAGAAGUUAAUACGAAGAAAGCAGAAGCUCAGUUGGCUUAUGAACUGCAAGCAGCCAAAGAGCAGCAGAAGAUCCGUCUGGAGGAGAUCGAGGUGGAAGUGGUCCAGAGGAAGAAGCAGAUCACCAUCGAGGAGAAAGAGAUUGAUCGUACUGACAAGGAGCUCAUCGCCACUGUGAAGAGACCUGCUGAGGCCGAAGCUUACAAGAUGCAGCAGCUGGCCGAGGGACACAAGAUUAAGAAGGUGCUGACGGCCCAGGCAGAGGCCGACAAAAUCCGUUUCGUCGGCGAAGCGGAGGCCGCCUCAAUCGAGGCCGUGGGAAAAGCCGAGGCCGAGAAAAUGAGGCUAAAGGCGGAAGCCUACCAGCAAUACGGCGAGGCUGCCAAGACAGCUUUGGUGCUGGAAGCGCUGCCCAAGAUUGCCAGCAAAGUGGCUGCGCCCUUGUCCAGGACCAAUGAGAUCGUGAUCCUGACCGGCGACGGCAAUCGUGUGACAGGAGAGGUGAACCGUCUUUUAGCUGAACUCCCAGUCUCUAUCAACGCCCUCACUGGGGUGGAUGUCACCAAGAUCCCACUGCUGCAGAAGAUGACCGGCCAGACAGCCAUCUGA